UUAUUAGAAGAUCCCAAUCUGGCAGUAAGGCCCGAUUUCACUUCACAAGAACACGAAGCUUCGCGACAACAGUUGAUCAGCGACGGUCUCACAGAACAACGGGCAGCUCAGUCUUUGGCGGCUCUAUGGACUUUAGCUAACAAUGCAGACAAGAAACGCUGGGCCCUCAGACAGCAACGCUUGCUAGAGGCAGGACAAAGAGAAGAAGGAGAGGACGAAGAACGUCAACAGCAACGCAAGAAGGAGGAAGAAGCAGCUCGCCUGGAAGAGAGGGAGAAAAACAAGAAUAAGUAUGUGCCCAUUGUGCACAGAAAAGUACCUUCCGACCCUACUAUUCUCCCGGCACAAUAUGCCAUGAAGAAGCUGAAGUCUGGAGACUAUUGCGAACUCCAUUACUUCACCAACCGUGGCCUUGAGGACGCC